CCCAUUUAACCUAUUCGGUCCACCACAAUACACUUCUUCCUUUGUACUGACAACUGUGAACAAAGAGUACAUUCUUCUUCUUUCCUUUAUUCUCUCACAAUUUCAGUUUUUCCCCCGAAUUAAUCGAUUUCUCGAGCAAAUUGUCAAUAUGGCGAAACCCUCGCAAGCGAAGGACUCCUCCGAUGAUUACAUGUCUAAUUCACCGUCGUCGGACGAAGAGGAGGUUAAGGAUCAAGCCAACGGAGACUCCGACGACGACGAGGAGCUCGAGGCCGUCGCUCGGACCGCCGAUGAUUCCGACGACGAAGAAGUCGGAGAGGAGAUGCCCAAUGCCGCUGCUGAGGAAGAGAGCGACAAUGAGGAAGACGAUGCUGUUGCAAAUGAAGUUUCCAAGCGUGAAAAAGCCAGACUUAAAGAAAUGCAGAGGAUGAAGAAGCAGAAGAUACAAGAAAUACUUGACGACCAGAAUGCUGCUAUUGAUGCUGACAUGAACAAAAAAGGAAAGGGUCGUUUGAAUUAUCUCUUGCAGCAGACAGAGUUAUUUGCUCAUUUUUCUAAGGGUGAUCAGUCCACCUCUCAGAAGAAAGGAAAAGGAAGGGGUCGUCACGCAUCAAAGUUAACUGAAGAGGAAGAAGACACAGAAUAUCUCAAAGAAGAAGAAGACGGCCUUUCUGGCACCGGAAAUACAAGGCUACUGGCACAACCAUCUUGUAUUCAAGGGAAGAUGAGGGAUUACCAACUUGCUGGUUUAAACUGGCUAAUACGACUUUAUGAGAAUGGCAUAAAUGGAAUACUUGCUGAUGAAAUGGGGCUCGGUAAAACUUUGCAAACCAUAUCCUUGCUGGGUUACCUGCAUGAGUUCAAAGGGAUUACUGGCCCCCACAUGGUUGUUGCUCCGAAAUCCACGCUUGGCAAUUGGAUGAAUGAAAUCAAAAGGUUUUGUCCUCUCUUGCGUGCCAUAAAGUUUCUUGGGAAUCCUGAAGAAAGAAGGUAUAUACGCGAGGAAUUACUUGCGGCAGGCAAGUUCGAUGUAUGCGUCACAAGUUUUGAGAUGGCCAUAAAGGAGAAGACUGCCUUGCGACGUUUUAGCUGGCGGUACAUAAUUAUUGAUGAAGCUCAUCGGAUCAAGAAUGAAAAUUCCCUUCUCUCAAAAACAAUGAGACUCUAUAAUACUAAUUAUAGGCUUCUAAUCACGGGAACACCACUUCAGAAUAAUCUUCAUGAACUUUGGUCCCUCCUUAACUUUUUGCUUCCGGAGAUAUUUAGCUCUUCUGAGGCUUUCGAUGAAUGGUUCCAAAUUUCCGGUGACAAUGAUCAGCAGGAAGUUGUCCAACAGCUUCACAAGGUUCUACGACCCUUCCUUCUGAGAAGGUUGAAGUCUGAUGUCGAAAAAGGUUUGCCCCCGAAGAAGGAAACAAUACUCAAAGUUGGUAUGUCCCAGAUGCAAAAGCAAUAUUACAAGGCAUUGCUGCAGAAAGAUCUUGAGGUUGUAAAUGCUGGCGGAGAACGCAAACGUCUUCUUAAUAUAGCCAUGCAGCUGCGAAAGUGCUGUAACCAUCCAUAUUUAUUUCAAGGUGCUGAACCUGGUCCACCUUAUACAACUGGAGCACAUCUCGUAGAAAAUGCCGGCAAGAUGGUUCUUCUUGACAAGUUGCUUCCGAAAUUGAAAGAGCGUGAUUCCAGGGUUUUGAUAUUUUCGCAGAUGACAAGACUGCUGGACAUUCUUGAAGACUACUUGCUGUUCCGUGGAUAUUAUUACUGUCGAAUUGAUGGAAAUACUGGUGGGGAAGACAGAGAUGCUUCCAUCGAAAACUUCAACAAACCAGGAAGUGAGAAAUUUGUUUUUCUACUGUCGACCAGAGCCGGAGGUCUUGGUAUUAACCUUGCAACUGCUGAUGUUGUCAUUCUUUAUGACAGUGAUUGGAAUCCGCAGGUUGAUUUGCAGGCCCAGGACCGUGCUCAUAGGAUAGGACAGAAGAAGGAAGUUCAAGUUUUCCGGUUCUGCACUGAGUAUACCAUUGAGGAAAAAGUGAUUGAAAGGGCCUAUAAGAAGCUUGCCCUUGAUGCUUUGGUUAUCCAACAAGGGCGACUAGCAGAACAAAAGACUGUUAAUAAGGACGAGCUGCUGCAAAUGGUGAGAUUUGGCGCUGAAAUGGUUUUCAGUUCCAAAGACAGCACAAUAACAGAUGAAGAUAUAGAUAGAAUUAUUGCCAAAGGAGAAGAGGCAACUGCUGAGCUUGAUGCCAAGAUGAAAAAGUUCACAGAAGAUGCCAUCAAAUUUAAAAUGGAUGACACUGCCGACUUAUAUGAUUUUGAUGAUGAUAAGGAUGAAAAUAAGGUUGAUUUCAAAAAACUUGUCAGUGAGAAUUGGGUCGAACCAUCAAGAAGAGAAAGGAAACGCAAUUACUCUGAAUCGGAAUACUUUAAGCAGACUCUGCGUCCAAGUGCUCCUGCAAGGCCAAAAGAGCCCCGAGUUCCUCGCAUGCCACAAUUGCAUGAUUUCCAGUUCUUCAACACACAACGCCUUAGUGAGUUGUACGAGAAAGAAGUGCGCUAUCUUGUGCAGCAAACCCGUCAGAAGAAUCAAGUGAAAGAUAGUAUAGAAGUGGAUGAACCUGAAGAAGUAGGAAACCCUUUAACUGUCGAGGAGCAGGAAGAGAAGGAGCAGCUUCUGGAAGAAGGUUUCUCAACAUGGAGCAGAAAGGACUUCAAUACUUUUAUCAGGGCCUGCGAGAAGUAUGGUCGAGAUGAUAUCCCGGGAAUUGCUUCUGAAAUGGAAGGAAAAUCCGAAUACGAGGUCGAAAGAUAUGCAAAAGUUUUCAAUGAAAGAUACAAAGAAUUGAAUGAUUAUGAUAAGAUUAUUAAAAACAUUGAGAGAGGAGAGGCUAGAAUCUCGAGAAAAGAUGAGAUCAUGAAAGCCAUCGAGAAGAAGUUGGAUCGCUAUAAGAACCCAUGGCUGGAAUUAAAGAUCCAGUAUGGCCAGAAUAAAGGGAAGUUAUACAACGAAGAAUGUGACCGUUUCAUGAUUUGCAUGGUUCACAAGCUGGGGUAUGGGAACUGGGAUGAGCUUAAGAAAGCCUUUCGUACUUCACCAUUGUUUCGAUUCGAUUGGUUUGUGAAGUCUCGCACAACUCAAGAACUUGCCAGGAGAUGUGAUACACUUAUUCGGUUGGUUGAGAAAGAAAACCAAGAAUAUGACGAGAGGGAGAGACAGGCUCGUAAAGAGAAAAAACAAGAGAAGAGUAUGGCAGCAGCUAAGCGUUCGUCAGCUAGACAUGUUGCCGAAAGCCCUCCCUCGACUAUGAAGAAACGGAAAUCCAUGGAUGACUAUGGAAAGAAGAGAAAAUGACUGUCAUUAAAUUAAGUUGCGGCAUAUUGUCUGGAUGCUUUGGGCAAUAUAUAGAAGAGAAAACAACUUUCAUUAAAUUAAGUUAUGGCAUAUUGUCUGGAUGCUUGGGCAAUAUAUUGUAAAUAAUCUAUGAAUUUCAUCAACUAUAUGUAUCAUUUACAUUUUAGGAUUAUUAGCUAGUUACUGCA